GCCCCCUCGCCCGUUACAACACCGCUACAGCAACCUUCAUGAAUCAAUCACGUUGGUCUUGCUAUCCCCGGUAAUCGGAGGAACUUAUGAACAGGCACAUGUAGUCAGCCAGCUCGGUUUCCAGUACACCCCAUAUCAUUUCACAUGUUUGCACCGCACGGAUAAUGGAUAACGGUCUGAUGAAGAACGACGCCGUGGCUCAUGCACGACUACUGUAGCCAGAAAAGCUGCUGUGUAUGCCGCAGUACGCAGCACUUUGCAAUUCAUUCGUCUCUCACGCUUGGCUCUCAACCAACGUCUGUUCACUUGCCCGCCUUCGUUCAGUCCUCCCUCGACUGCGUGUGAAAACUUUUGCCCGGUCGUCACACUUGCAGCGCUUAAUAAUCUUUGCUAAUUCCUGGGUCUGCCCUGCAACUUUUCCCCAGAAAACGGCUGCUGCCCACCGGACACUACAAAUCACCUAUUUAUCUUCUAGCCUGAAACAAGUCUCAAAACACGCAGCAACAGAUUUCAUCAUCCACUCGUCUUGAACUUCUGUUUCGAAGAACCCCAAUCGUACCCGCUCGUUCCCUCCCCCCCCUCGCACCAAUGGAUCACAAUGGUAUGGCCGGUAUGUCUGGCAUGUCGAUGGAUCAGAUGACCCGUCCUAAACCCGAACACAGCGGAAUGGGGAUGAUGAUGAACACGUUUUUCAUUGCCGGAAAUCCCACUGUACCCCUGUGGUUCGAUGGCUGGACGCCAUCCAGUGGCGGCGCGACCUUCGGAGCCUGUUUUGGAUUGUUUGUGUUGACAGUAGCUGUCAAGCUCUUGGGGGCCCUCCGUCAUCAAGCUCACCUCGCAUGGUCGAUGUCCAAAUGGCACGACAGCGGGCUCACGACGCACCAAACGAUCGACAAGACCAAUGACCAUGCGACCCCUCAACCCGGCUCGCUUCGACCCACCAAACCCGCAGUCCCCUGGAGCGCUCAACGUGACAUACCUCGGGGUAUCCUGGCUGCGCUCCAUGUCGGUCUUGAAUAUUUCCUCAUGUUGGCCGUCAUGACGUUCAACGUCUACUUCUUCGUCGCUAUCGUACUUGGCCAUUUCGUCGGCGAGGUGGCCUUUGGAAGAUGGAGCACUGUCCAGGGAGCUCAUUGCUGAUUUCUCUCGGUCUUCACCCCGCAAAACUAAUGGCUACUCUACUCUCGCCAUCGUACAACUCCCCGCUCGUCGCCUAGCAACUGCCCAUCUUUCUCCUCUCUCCCAUCUUUCUUCUUUCUCCCAUAUUUCUAAAUUCAGUCCAUCAUCUAUUCGUCCUUCCCUGAUGAACCAUUUUAAUUUUCUACUAUUUCAUUCAACCUUUCUCUUAUGAGCAUGUAUUAAUUAUACGAACAUUACAAGUGCUCUCGCAUGCCUAUCUAUCAAUUUCAGUUCUCGCGCUCUGGUUUCCGAUGCAUCUUGCAUCCAUGUUUCUUCUCACUGUCCGAGCAAGAGAGGAGGAGGAAGAAGCCGUUCCCUCUUGUGCUCUCCACAUACGGCCAGAGUUGACUGGCUGAGAUCUUCUUGGCAUCCUUGCCAA